AAUAAAGCCUCAGUCCCAAUCCACCACCUCACUAGUGCUAAAAUACGCCGAGCGUAAUUUCACGCGCCUCUUCCCGUCGCCAACUGUCAAAAUUUUCCGUUACGACUCAGCGAAAAUAAUUAAAUAAAGUAAAAAUUCCGAAUAGAGCCAAAACGGCAAAACCUCUCAACCACCGCCAGCUCAAGCUCAGCCGGCUCGCGCCCUUACGACGCUGCCGCCACCGUAGGCACCACCACGCUCUGCCGCCACGUGGCGGGAGUUCGAAUCAGAUUCUUUCCGGAACCGGAAUGGGAUGCCUGAAAAUGCUCAGCAUAUUCGCGUAAAAAAGAACAAAAGAAAAAAAAAAUUGGGUGGGUUAAGAGGCCUGAAAUCUAGGACAAAUCUUGAGGUGAAAAUCAGUUCAAUUAAUGCUUUCGUCGGUGGUUCAAAAGGGAGAAUGGGUAUCAGGUUCUGCUGACGGUUUUCGAUCGGUAUUGGCGCUGGAUAUUCGUCUCUCGGUCGAGAAAAAAUGUCUAUUUAAUGUGAAGAUGCGCGUUGCCAGAGGGUGGUCGCUUUCUCUCUGCGUCUCCUCGUUCUUCGCCCCUUUCCCUUUUUCGUCUUCUCGAUUUUCUCCGAGGAUUUCGCGUUUCGAUUUCCGGUUUUUCUGUUCGUCGAUCUUCGAUCGGUUCGAGGGUGGAAGGAAGGUUUGUUAUACCGCAGUGCCAAGUAAUAAUAAACUUCACUACAACAAUAGUAUGGAUAGUGAGACUGUACAGUUUGAGAGGCCUACCCGCAGUGAGGCUGAUAAACAUCUUCAUGUGUGGUCAUCUCCAGAAGGAAGACAAAAGAUAGAUAUAGGAAAGAAGAUCUUCUGUAAUAGAUCUCUAAACAUGAGGAAUAUAGUUGCUGUUGGAUUCGACAUGGAUUACACUUUAGCACAAUACAAGCCAGAGACGUUUGAGUCACUUGCCUACGAAGGCACAGUUAAAAAGCUGGUUAAUGAUUUGGGAUACCCUACAGAGCUACUGGAGUGGUCUUUUGACUGGACUUACAUGGUCAGAGGACUCGUUCUGGACAAAAAGAGGGGCAACAUACUGAAGAUGGAUCGGCAUAAAUAUGUUAAGGUGGCUUAUCAUGGAUUCACGGAGCUGUCAAAGGAAGAAAAGGUUGCUGCAUAUGGAAGCAGAUUGAUCCGUGAAGCAUUUGAUGAGCCUGAAUAUGCUCUGAUUGAUACUCUCUUCUCUCUGGCUGAAGCAUACUUGUUUGCGCAACUUGUUGACUUUAAGGAUAAGAAUCCUGGAAAAAUCCAAGCAGACUACUCUCGCAUGUACAAAGAUGUUCGAGCUGCAGUUGAUUUGUGUCAUCGUGAUGGGACAUUAAAGAAGAUGGUCGCAAAGGAUCCUAAAAGGUAUAUAAAUGAGGACUCCUCAAUUGUGCCUAUGCUGAAGAUGCUUAGGGAUUCUGGCCGUGCCACAUUUCUAGUGACCAACAGCCUAUGGGAUUAUACCAAUAUUGUAAUGAACUUCCUUUGUGGACCAAGAUCAGGUGAUGAGGGCUCCGGCGACUCUUCUUUGAGUUUUGAUUGGCUUCGAUAUUUUGAUGUCAUUAUUACUGGAAGUGCAAAACCAGGUUUUUUCCAUGAUGAAAACCGUGCUAAUCUUUUUCAAGUUGAACCUGAGUCAGGAAUGCUUCUUAAUACCGAUAAUGGAACUCCUAUGCCUCAGGUAGACGCUUCUCUAAGGUUGCCUUUGAAGAGCUUAGAUAAAAGUUCCCAAGUUUUCCAGGGAGGAAAUGUUGGACAUCUACAUAAGUUGCUCUCUAUAGAGUCAAGCUCCCAGGUACUUUACGUUGGAGAUCAUAUAUAUGGAGAUAUCUUACGCAGUAAAAAAGUUCUAGACGGUACUUCCUGUAACACUCGGGCUGCUUCUAGGAAAUUGUUUCUAGCUGACAUUAGCAUUGUUCAUGUUUACCAUGGAAAUUCUUUGUAUCAAGCUAGAAGUUGGAGAACAAUGCUCGUUGUUCCUGAGCUUGAGAAAGAAGUCGAACUUCUGUGGACAUUGAGGGAUUCCCGCAAGAAACUUCAGUUAUUGAGGAACGAGCGUGACAAUAUUGAAGACCAGAUACAUCACCUGAAGUGGUCUCUCAGGUUUGAUGGUGUAAAUUUUGUGAACAAGGAAGAGAUAGCUGCUGAGCUUGACAAAUUCCAGUCUCAGCUGGAGUUGGUACGGCUGAGUCAUCAAGAAGCUCAACGAGAAUGCCACCAGAAGGUGGAAAGAUUUGCUUGCCUCUAUACCAGCCAAGUAUCCAAUUUGAGCCUCUAUUCACCUGAUAAGUACUACAGACCGGGUGAAGAUUACAUGCCUCAUGAGUUUGAUAUCAUAUCUUUAUGA